AUUACGGUAUUUUUGUAUUUUGCAGUUCAGCAGUUAUAACCAUAAUGCUGUAAUGAAGACUGGGACUAUUCACUGAUUAGAAUCUCUAUCGUUUUUGGAUAACUUGAAAAAUGGCCGAAGGAGUUGAUUCAACGAUGCAAGAAGAGGUUGCAGAUGAUGAGAGAGAGGAAAAUGUAAGAAAUUUCAAUUCUCCAUAUACAGAAGAAGAUUUUAAUAAUGCGAUAGAGUUGAAUGACGAAUGGCAAGACGAUGAUUUAUUAUGUUCAAGUGGCGGAGCUAAUAUGAAAAAUGAUGGUCUUAAAUUUGGUAUUCCCGCUAAACCUGAUUCACUACAAUUUGGUGAUAAAUCAUUGACGAAAAAGAAAAUCAGUGUUCAAUUAUCUCCUGAUCAGGAUUUAUCUCAGACUUUUGAUUCUGAAGAGUUGUCCAUCGAUGGAUUACCAACUCCUGAUGAACUUACAACGCCCGAUGAUAUGGAGUCUUCACCCUCUGAUUCCCCAAGACGACUUGUUGGAGUUGACUUAGAAUGGGAUAAUGACACACCUAUAUUUUCAGACAAUUCUAUUUCUAAUAAAUUAGCUGUAUCAGAACAAAUGGGAGCUGUUGAUGCUGAAGUAUAUCGCACUGUGAUUAUAGGCGACGAAGAAUUUAAAAUGGAUCUUACUGCUAUCAUUCCUUAUAAACAAGUGUUGUCUCACGGAGGGUAUUAUGGUGAAGGCCUCAAUGCUAUUGUGGUAUUUUCAGCUUGUUAUUUACCAGAUUGCAAUCAAACUGACUAUGACUAUAUCAUGGACAAUUUAUUUUUAUAUGUAGUGAGUACCCUUGACUUGCUUGUAGCGGAGGAAUACAUGAUCGUUUUCUUUAAUAGCGGUUGUAAACGAAGAAAUGUACCGAGGUUUGCUUGGCUUAAACGUUGCUACAAAAUGAUCCAUCGGCGAUUGCGUAAAAGUUUAAAACAAUUGCUUUUAGUUCAUCCUUCAUGGUAUAUGCGUGCUCUUAUUACAUUUUUUAGACCUUUCAUUAGCACAAAAUUUAGUCGCAAGUUGAAAUUGGUCAGUUCUUUGAAAGAGCUGUCAAACAUUGUUUCUCUCUCUGGUUUGAGUAUCCCUGAUGCCGUUAAUGCUCACGAUGCAAAACGUUACUCAUCCACGAGACGAGUAGAGGUAAAAAAGAAUUCUUCAGAAAAUGCACAGAGUAGUAUAUCCAGUCAAGGUGUUUCUAACAAGAUUGGUGAGACUGAAGUUUCCCCUUAGUUAAAUUCAAUGUUUGUCCUGGUUUAUCACCUGUUAUAUAUGACAGAAGUUGUACUUGACCUGGCUAUAAAUGGAAAUGGCAAUUUUCAUGCAAAAACAAUCCCAUAGCCAAAUAGCUGUUGCAAAAUUCAUUUGGCCCAUACUUCUAUUUUAUUCACUAAAUAGUAUAUUUAUAGGUUGAUUAAUCUAUCCACCAUCUGUAACCAGAAGCACCCACCACAAGAAUUUAUAUUCAUAGCCCUGGGUGCUUCCUUAAUUAACAAAAAAGGUGAUUAUAUCUCAGAAAAUGAUGUCUUAUAAUAUAUACAAAUUUAUUCUCAGAAUAUUUUUGAUUUGUGUCUGUCACUCUUGCACAAUAAUUGAUUUUCAUUCCUGAGCAUACACAAUAUAUCACAGAUCACUUCUGGAUAUCAAGGGUUUAUUGAUCCAGUAUAUAUAUAUAUAUACUAUCAGGUGCUUUUAAUAUAAUCAAUAAAUGCAUUAGAAUCAUGUUUGAAAAUGUUGAUACUAGUUAGAGAAAUGUGUUUCGUAAUCGUAAACUGUUUAAAAAACCUUGUGGUUGACCUGCAGAAUAGAAGGUGAAGUAAAACUGUAAUCUCUAAUGCUAACGAUAUAUAUUUUAUCGAAAUGUUUACAAAGAAAUAUUUCCUCACCUUGUAACCAAUCCUUGCCGUUCCGAAUAAUUUGUUUAUUUGUGUCUGAAGUUUUUUUUAUUGUUUUAUGAGGAUUUUUAGCGUUUUCUUCAAAUGUACACUUUUACAUAUACGGCAAUGAGAUUAUUAUACGCUGUGCUAGUUUUAAAUGUAAAUUUAUGGGUAAUCUAACAAUAAGUUCAAAAUAUGUUUUUUUAACCCUUAAAUCUACACAGUUUUGCAAUCUGAAUGUAACUCAGACAUAAUGUAUAAAACUACCAAUUAAAAAAAAUUUCUCAGAUUGAACUUGUUUAUAUUUGCUGGUUAUUUACAUUUGCUGAUUAUUUAAUAUUUGCUCAAGCUGUGGUCAUUUUCUUUCUUUUGCAAUUUUAAAUACUUAAUUAUGUUGCAUUAGCUUGUUAUUAAUAUCACAAGACGUACUCAAAUUAUUGUUUUGAUUUUUUUUGUUGUUGCAAGUGUCUGAACUUGUUUUUAAUAUUUCAAAAAAUGUCAUAUACUGCCUAAUACAAUAUACCCAGCACAAAUAUAAGAUUCAUCAAUUAAAUACUUUGCCUAUAUUUCAAACGGCUCUUUUUAUAUAUUGUCACUCAGCUUUUAAUCUUAUUAAUAUAUUUUAGACGCAUUAGAGAUUUUAUUGCUUGUAGUGUUUCUUUUAUUUGAACUUUGUCUGUAGCAAAGUUAUGAUACAUAGCUGUUCUGUAUAAUAUGAUUUUCAACUUUGUAACCGCUCAGUCACAUAACCAUAUUUGAUAGGCUUAUGAUGAAUAAAUAUGUCAUGACUUGUCAAUACAUAAUGUUUUGUCAUUAAAGAUGUAGGCAAACCAAGCCAUUAACAUUAGUCAAAAUCUAAUAUUAACAAUACCCAGUUUGCUAAAAUGUAAAAUAACAUUUACAUUUAUUUACCAACUUACUGGUUGUAGUUAAAUAUUACUGCUAUAAAUCAUUGAUGUUUGUGAUUUAGCGAUGGUCAUAAAAUUCAUGUCCCCACCCUUAGUUUAAGAUGUGAUUCAGUAGCAAAUGUGACAGUUCCCAGUCACAUAUUUCGAUAUCAAAUAUAACAAAGGCAGCAUUCCAAAUUACUCCUUUGUUGGCAUGGCUCUUAUUAUUCACUAUUGUGUUUCAACAAAAGAACUAUAUUUGAUGAAACAUAAAUCCACUUGAUAUAUUCAGCUUUAAAUUGUUUGAUUUUCUUCAUUAGUUGCAAUGACUUUUUGUCGCUAUGAGCACUGUUUAUAGAACAAUUAUCAUUUACUCGUUAUAGUCUAGUCUUUCUUCGUAUUAUCAUAAAUAUAUUACAUUCGCAUAAA